UAUAUGCAAGAUAAAUUACCAAAAUUAUAGUCUUUUUAUAUAUCCUACCAUAUAUAUUAGAUUAAUUACCAAAAAUACAUAAAUCAAAACCGCCGGUCCUUAAACCGAAUCCGACCAAACUAAACCAAACACUCCCAUAAAAAUCAGCUAUAUAUACAACAAAAUUUCAUCAGCAACAAUUAACUACCCACUCAACUUCAAAAUCAAAUCAAAAAAAUGGCUGAUGAAGUGAUUCUUUUGGAUUUCUGGCCAAGUCCAUUUGGAAUGAGAUUGAAAAUAGCAUUGGCAGAAAAAGGAGUAAAAUAUGAGGAGCACAUUGAAGAGGAUUUGAAAAAUAAAAGCCUUUUUCUAUUGAAAAUGAACCCGGUUCAUAAAAAAAUUCCGGUUCUUAUUCACAAUGGAAUUCCCAUUUGUGAAUCACUUAUUGGUGUUCAAUAUGUUGAUGAAGUUUGGCCUCAUAAAUCUCCUCUUUUUUCUACUAAUCCUUAUUCUAGAGCUCAAGCUAGAUUUUGGGCUGAUUUUGUUGACAAGAAGAUUUAUCCGAAUGGGAGGCUAAUGUGGAUUACAAAGGGAGAAGAACAAGAAAUCGCAAAGAAAGAUUUCAUUAAUGCACUUAAGCUUUUGGAAGGAGAACUUGGAGACAAGUUUUAUUUUGGUGGCGAGCGUUUUGGAUAUGUAGAUGUAGCGUUUAUACCAUUUUAUUCUUGGUUUUACGCCUAUGAAAUUUGCGCCAACUUCAACGUAGAGGCCGAGUGUCCGAAGCUUAUCGAGUGGGCUCGAAGGUGCCUCAAGAAAGAGUCUGUAUCAAAGUCGCUCCCAGAUCAAAAGGAGGUCUAUGAUUUUGUUUUGAUGGCGAAAAAGAAGUUUGGUUUUGAGUAGAAUGAGCAAGAGAACAAAUUGUUUUCAUGUUUAAGUCUCAAAUGUGUUUUUUAAUAUUUAUAAUAAUUUACGCUUUGAUGUGUA